CAGUCUUCGGAGUGCGGGGCCAACCAAUUUUCGGAGUAGCGGAACGCGCGACUUUCGUCCCCUCCGAGCUCCGAGUAUCGCGAAUCGGAGCAAAAAUCUUAGAAAAGCGCAUCAGCCUGCGACGAUGACCGCGCCGAGGACGUUGUCGCCGUGAGAAAGAAGCAUAAUAGUCCAGUAAAAUUAGCUCGAAAUCGAAAUGCAAUAGCAAUGGCUGCAUUUUGGUUAUUAGUUCGGCGAGUUCGCGUGAAUGGCGAUAACGCGACGACGACGACGACCGGCGGCUACUCGUCGAGGCAAGUGCCACUGUUGUACACGUCCCCGUCCCCGCAGUUGAGCGGCGGUACGCGCACACGACGAGCUGCUGCUAUUAUAGUAUAGAGUAUACUUUAGUAGCUUUAGAUAAUACACAUCGUGUAGCAGUGUAUAUACCAGCUUCUUAUCGGCUAUUAGAGAGAGGAGUUGCGCUUAGAAACGACAUCACCGUCAGCAGCAAGCAGCAGCUUCAUCAUCAUCAUCAUCAUCAUCAUCAUCAUCAUCAUCGUCCAAAAUGUCAGACGUCGACCAGUGGAUCGAGAUCGCCAAGGAUUGCAAAUACCUGCCGGAAAACGAUCUGAAGAAACUCUGCGACCUGGUCUGCGACAUCCUCCUCGAGGAGUCGAAUAUCCAGCCUGUCUCGACCCCGGUGACCGUCUGCGGUGAUAUCCACGGUCAGUUCUAUGAUUUAGAAGAGCUUUUUCGUAAUGGAGGACCUGUGCCUGAAACAAAUUACAUAUUUAUGGGAGAUUUUGUCGACCGAGGUUAUUAUAGCUUAGAAACACUUACCCGUCUAUUAACUUUAAAAGCCAAAUGGUCAGACAGGAUAACAUUACUUCGUGGAAACCAUGAAUCAAGACAAAUCACACAUGUAUAUGGUUUCUAUGAUGAGUGUUUAAACAAAUAUGGAAAUGUGAAUGCAUGGAAAUAUUGCUGCAGGGUAUUUGAUCUGCUCACAAUCGCUGCCUUAAUCGAUGAACAAGUCCUCUGUGUACAUGGCGGUUUAUCACCAGCUAUUAGGACCUUAGAUCAAAUUAGAACAAUCGAUAGGAAACAAGAAAUCCCACACAAAGGAGCAUUCUGUGAUUUGGUUUGGUCGGAUCCAGAAGAUGUUAAGACGUGGACAGUUAGUCCUCGGGGAGCUGGCUGGCUUUUUGGAGCAAGCAUUACACACUUGUUCAUGGAGAUAAACGACCUCAAACUUAUUUGCAGAGCUCAUCAACUAGUAAAUGAAGGCUUUAGGUACAUGUUUGAUGACAAGUUGGUAACGGUGUGGUCGGCUCCCAACUAUUGUUAUCGCUGUGGAAAUGUGGCCAGCAUUCUGAAAUUCACAACGGCUGACGAGAAGAACCCGGUGCUAUUUGACGCGGUGCCAAAUUCCGAGCGAGUGAUCCCUCCCUCGAUCACCACUCCCUACUUCUUGUGAUUUAUCUCUACGCUCUGGAGAGGUGAAGGAAGACGAUGGGCCUCUGGAUCAUUGUCCAUCAGACUGCGCGGGAUGUAAAUAGUUGCUCUUUUACGUCCCGGAAUUUUAAUUUUUCUCCCGUCUGAUUAUCGUUUUCCUUUUUGAAUUGUAAAACAAGGAUGCCAGUAGCAGUGGUAUCGCUAGAAGACGGGAGAAAAGACAUAUUACCCUCUUGAACACAUCGAUGUUUUGUAGUUUUUUGAAAGAGCUUUACGAAGUUUUUAUAAGAGUAAAGGAAUGAGAAUGUGAAGGAGCGAGAACCGGUGGCUGUAGGUACAUAUUCAGCCUUUGUUUUUCUUCAGUGCGAAACACGAAGAAAAGCUCUGCGGUCUAGAUGCUUUUGUUGUUCUUUAAUAUGUACAUUCUGCGGAGCAUUCGCACGUCGGAGAGAAAUAUGAAACGAAACGCGUUCUCUUCUUUCGUCAAGCUAUGCUAAGAGCUUUUAUCGAGAUUUAAGGGGAGGCAAAAAAUUCAUCGGCAGACGUUGUCGUCCAGUCGAGGAGAUUAAUAAAGAAUUUUAUUUAAACAUUCCGAAAAGAAGGCUCUGGGUUAUGAUGAAUGCUUCUUUGCUAUGUCGAUUAUCAAUGGUGUGGAAUUCAGGUUUAGCACUAAAUGAUUAUACAAAUAGUAUCGAUAAGGUCUUCCUGAAAAUGAGAACGCGAAAGGUCCAUUUCUUUUUUGUACGAUGCGCAGAGAUAUAAGCCCAUAUGAAAAUGAUUAUUAAAUUAUUAUUAAAAGAAUGUCAAACUAUUGGCUUACCAAUAACUUUUUGUUCUUUCUCAAGAUAGAAAAUGAAAUAGGCUAUUGGAAUAAAAAUAUCUACAGAUGUGUUCUUAAUUCAGAAGUUUAUAUUGUUAUUAGUCGUAUCGGUAUGUAGAACAAAGUGAAUGACUGCUGGUACGAUAGAAUAUAUUUAGAACUGCAAGAAAAUAUUUUCUAGCAAACAACUACAAAUGUUUUGCAAGAAGUUUUGGUGAUCCAAUAUUUGUCUGGAAUGAUAGUCUCCUUUAGUACUCGCAUUAAUAAUAUAUUUAAUACUCGUUUCAUCUGGGUAGGUUCAUUCUUUCUUCAUUUUAGAAAAAUCGUGCGAGUAGUAUUCUCCGACCAAGAGAGUCUUACUCUGUGUGUUCGAUAGCUCAUAGCGGUAGCCAAAGUUCUCAGUACGUAGAUAAGUAUAUGCGUAUUUUACAUAAUUUUACCAGGUAUUUUUACGCAAAAAAAAUAUAAUCAUUGUUAAAUUACUGUGUUGCUCACACUGUGGUAUGUUUUCUUGUUUUGUUAUUAAAUUUUGAUAAAACGAAAGAAAUGAAGGAUAAAUGGUCAUUUAGGAGUAGUUUUAUCAAUGUAUAUUUACAGUCGCUGACGCAAUUUUUCCAUUUCGAACACUAAUUUUUUUUUAUCAGACAAUGCAAUAACACGUGGUAGCUAGAGUAUGCACAAUACAGAUCCUUCGUAAUGUUAACGAAGCUUAUCGUUUUUAGAAAUUAAGGUUUAAAGUCGAAAAAUUGCUUCGUCGAUAGAACAAUACCGUGUGCAAGAUUUUACAAACACAAACACGGAUUUAAGCUAUCGAAAUAUGGUUUCUUCUUUGCAUUAGAUUACACGUUAUAGACUUUAACUUGAUUUACUUAAAUAAUUUUAACUGUAUAUUCUUUGCUACCAUCAAUCAAUAUAAAAUCGUAUGUAAUGAAUGUUCCAACAGUACAAAGUGAAUAUUUUUAACGAAUGAAAUGGUGUUCAACAUUAUUGUAUUACAAGUAUAUGUUAAUUAUUAUUAUCGAUAUUUCUUUUUAAAAUGUUUUUGAAAUUUAUUUAGAUGAAUUAAAUAUUACCGUAGAUUAUUCAUAUUAUAAUAUUAUCAAUUCAGUUGAAUAGUAUAUUUUUUCAUUACAUCCAAACAAAGAGUACAUUAAAUUGAACUAAACAGUAUUGGGCAUAUUAGCUUCAACAGUUAUAGGUAUAACUUUUUCCGUUACUUCAGGACUUUCACGAGCAAUUUUAUUUAUAACUCUUUAAUAUUGACUUAAAGAUGAGGAAAUGAUUAUAAAAUUUUAUUUCUGAAAAAAUCGAUAGCAUUUUAGAAGUGUUAAACGAAUAACAUCGCUUAUUCCUACACAAACUACCUAAGGAGUCAAGAGACUUAACGAAUCAUUUUUCGGUAACUUAUCCCCGUGAUUCCUUAACGAUUCUCUGUUCCUAGCUGUACAACUAAAAAGAAAUAAUGCAUAAACAACAAGAAUAAAAAGCAGUAUAACAAUUAUAAGCAAAUGGCCGAAAUCUUGUCGUAGGCGAAAAUAAUAAUUAAAAAAAAAAAAUACUCUUUGUAGAUAGUGUGUUCUCGCUCGUAGAGGAGCAAGCGUGUUUUUUGAAAACGAGAACCGAGACCCUUAGCAAUGUGCCUCUAAAUUAGUAAGCGUUCGUGUGUAUACAUAUAUUAAAUAUAUAGCGAAGAGAAGACGAUUUAACGAUAAAUAACGCACCUCUUAUGUGUACGAUCCGACAGGCCACCAACCUAUUUGAGAAUUCAUCACGUCGGAGCGGAGGUGCGGGCAGAUGCACACAAUGAAAUAAAAAAAAAGAUUAUAUACAUAAUAUAAUAUACAUUAACCUGAAUUCCGUCACCGCUGCCGGCCGCCACAUUCUGCUCUUUACGCGAAUUAUUCACGUUCAAAAUUUUUAUCACGAGGAAUCGAUUGUCGACUUUGAGGGUUGCAAAUUUGUCGAAAAUAUUAGUGCUUUAUUUUUUAAUGUUAUUCUUUAAAUGAACGGAUGAUUUUUUAGGUUUCUCGUAAUUUAAUUUUCUCUGAUUUUAGUGUAUUUGUUAUUUUUCGAUGAAUUUGCAAUCAUUAAACGACGCGACAAUGUACUGCGUUCAUCUAGAAGAUGAAAAAACUACUUAGGAGAAUUUGAGUAAAACGUACUUUAAAUUUCGAGAAUUUAGUAACGUUUUUUUUGUCAAAAAAUUUGACAAUAUGCAUUACUUUAAGUACCUAAUUAGGCUUACAGAUUCUAUCUAUGAUUUCUAGAAUCGCAUCUUUUACUCUAAUUUUUUCGCAGGUAGAAAUAUUUGUAUAUUCGACAAUCUAUAUUUUAAUUAAUCUGUUGUUUCUGAUUGAUAAUCAAUGCUUAUUUUGGUAAUGAUUUAUUUUAAUAAGUCACAAUUAUUUCGCUUUUUCUGCCUUGGAAGUUUAAACAGCAAAAUAAUUAGUAUUAUAUAGAAUAAAAAAUUGUUUGAUUAUUAAAUACUCGAUUUAAUCAAAUGUGUACAUAUAUAUGUUCUGAAAGAAGUACCUAUUUAUUGUGCUGCUUUAUACUACUAGGAAAAAUGAAGAAUCGAUGAAAUUGUAAUUUGAUGAAUUAAAUAGACAAUUAAUUUAAAUUAUUGCUUGUUAUAUUAAGGCUUAUUUUUCUACAAGAAUAUCUUUUUAUCACCAAACAUUGUGAUGAAAAGUAAACAAUCAACGUGUCUUUGAAGUGUAUUAAAGUAUUUUUCUUUUUUAAAGAAUAUGUGAAUCUUUUAUUUGCCAUUGUAUAGCAAUAGUAGUUAAAUUAAAACAAAAUCUGCGCGUCUGCUUGAGUUCUGCUCCAAAUCAAUGCCGCAUUGGCAUAUUGCGUAAAAGUAGCUGUCAAAUCGAAUCCGCUCGAUUUACAAUAUUCGAUGUACGAGGCUGCCAAAAUCGUACGAUGAAGUCGUCUUAGGGACAAUGAAGAAGUCUGCAGGAAAAGUUUGUUGCCAACAGAACUAAUUGUUUUAUUUUCUAUAAUAAAAUUAGGAUAAUGACGUCAUGCCUUAAAUCUAAAAUCAUUGAUAGACGUAUUAUUCUACAGCUAUUUUGUACGCGAUUAUGAAUGCAAAUUCUUGGUUUUCAAUUGUUGAAGGUGUAAAAGUCAUAAAAAUAUGCAAAACAGACUUUUCCAUUGAUCCGGAUGUAUGAAGUUUCUUGCUCGCGAGUUGUUUCCUUGUCGUUUCGAAGUCUUCUCCCCGAUGCUUUCUAUACAUUGCGAAACCCCUCGAGCAGUGCCUUCGAAAAACUCAAGACGACGGUCUACUAGAAAAUAGUCUUUCGUAUCGACGGACUUGUGACAGAUGUCGAUUACGAUCAGCUACAUUGUACAGAUGAUGGAGAUGCAAAAGAAAUGUUUUAUCAAAAAAACUGUGUAUGGAAUUUAAGAUAGAAAAGUUUGGUUGAAAGUAUCUCGAUGAGAAUAUCAAAAAAUUGAAAAUUAAAAAAAAACACCGAAACGUCGUUUGUAAAAAUUUUAUUACGAUACUCCUAUGUAUAGUGAGAUUUAGGUAAUCUAAAGGUGUGAACAUUUCAUUUCUCAGAAGUACUUUGAAUACGUGUGCUAUUCUCUAUUUUGUGAAAAAUUAGAAGAGGGAAAGCAAUGAUAUGCGAACUGAAGAAAAGCAAAUACAAGCCUUAAUUCAAUAUCCAAAAAGGCCAUAAUAAGAAUCAUAUAAGAAACAUGUACACAUACGUCACUGCUUCUUAAGUGUCCCCGUAAAUAACCGUCCCGUUUUUUGAAACCUCAACGCAGAUAUAACGAAACAUUCACUAUAUACCUAUAUAUAAUAAUAUUGUGCGCGCGAGAACGUUAUAAACCUUAUAACAUGCAAAUCGCAAGUGGCCAACGGCGUAAUUUUAUCCUAUUGUUUAUAUUACACGAGUUUAUUUGUUGCAAAGAUCGAUGAUGAAAUAAAUCUAAAGAACGAUAUUAUUUUUCGUUACCUUCGUCCGUCAAACGGUCGGAGCGAUUGAAAGAACGAUUUAUUAUGAUUGAAAGCAGAAUCUAAGCAGAAAAACGUGUGAAUUAAAGCGUUGCGAUCGAAAUCUUCUAAGCUCAGAGAGAACUUUGGAGAAAGAAUUCCCUGGAUUGUGUUCAUCCCAAAUGGUUUAUAAAGCUUGCGUUAUAGCAGUGUCUUGAUUUUUAAUUGAAUAAAGACUUUUUUCACAUAAUAACACGUAGAACCUGUUUUCGAGUGGGAUAUAAGAAAGUGAAAUUAUGUGCCUUCAAGAAUUUUCACCUCAAACCAAAAAAGCCGCUGUUCGUAUAGUAGUUUAUAUAAAAACAGAAGUGAAAAUUCUUUCCGGAUUGAAAAUAAUUCACUUUGAAGUUGCAAUACCAUCAGUAUACGCAUUUAAGUAAGUCCCAGAACUCUCACUCGAAAGGUUUUGAAACGUUACGAUGUUUUCCCCUUGUAAUCAAAAAGUUUCUGUGAUACUAGAAAAUGAAAAACGUGUCUCCUUUAUUGCUACUUAAUUAAUUUGUCCGAGACUGCUAUUAGCUGAAGGUAUGUUUCUGUGAUAGUUGAAGCGAAGCAAGACGCCAAACACAUGGAAUCUUUGAAGAAACACUCUCUGACGCGAAAGAACGAGAUGAAGUAACGCUGGAGUGAAAAAAGAUAGAAAAGAAUAAGGAACUUGUGUGCUCUCGCUGUAAUAAGAGCAUUCUUAUAUCGAAAGGAUGUACGCUAUCGACGUUGCCUUAUCUACCUCUUCUAUAAGAACCUAUGUGAAUUUUACCCUUUGAUUUUUCAUUUCGCAUGUACGUUUGUGUCUUUUUAUCAUGAGCAUCGCGUGUAUCUUAGAGUUUGGUAUUUUCAAUUCAUGCAAAGGGAUCAAUUCGUACUUGUAGAAAGUGGAGUCUCAAUGAUUCGAUAGUUCAUUUCUGUAAAACUCACUCAUAUGAUUGAAGAUACCAAUUUUGCAAGAUACACAAUAAAAAACCGUUAAUUCAAACGAAAGAAACUGUCGGGAUCUUGUAACGCUUAACGCUUUAACGCUACAUAAUACGUAUGUAUAUUAUAAACAUGUUACACACAGUAUGUAUAAGUGAGGAUUCCUAGUUCUCGUCCCUUCGACAUCGACAAGGAACUCGCCGACGUUUUGCGCGAGAUUUUGACAGCCUCGAGCAUACAUAUAAGUAUAACCUAAUACGAAAAGCUAUGGCUGAACGCGUACAUAAUAAUACAUAGCGAGAAACAAAUCGAGCUUUUUCAAUUUUGCGCUAUUCGAAUGUGUUGCCAAAAAGUAUCUCUUUAUAAAUUAACUGCAGUAUGCGUGCAAAAUUCGUCGAGGAUUAAGCGAUUUUAUUUUUUUAUAUGUAUGAUACACAGAUUUUAUUUUGAUAUGAGUUAACUUUGAUAAAGUGACGAGAUAAGACAAAUUACAUAUCUGAAAUUGGAACGCAUCGAUUCGAGUGAGUUUGAUUUCGAAAUUAGAUCGAUAGGAUUUUUAUACUAUACCACACUGUGUAAAAAUUAUAAGCAAGUGAAUUAUAAUUUUAGUGAUAGGGCGUAUCAAAAUGAAAAAGCGUAUAUUCGAACAGCGCAACCAAUCGCGAACCCUGAAUAGGCAUUUCUCAAGUAUUAUAUAUAGCGUUCGUGAUUGUAGUUCUUCGACUUUCUCGCCUACGCACUUGGAAACAAAAGAUCGAAUGGAACAAGAAAAAAUUUGAAAAAAAAACGACGCCACCUUUUGUGAUUGCUUUGACUUUAAUCGACGUGUACAAGCGCUUGCGGCGAAACAGUUUUCUAUACACACACACUAUCAUGUAAUCUAUAACGAAGAUAUUUUUUCAACUAUCUCUCUCUAUCGUACAGUUUUCGCGACUUUUCCUCUUAACGACCCUCCUGUUCUUAUAUCGCUGUAACUCGACUUUGAUGAAUAAAAUUGUUCAAGUUUUCCGUAGACGAGCUCUACUCUACAUUGUAACUUUAAUUCAUUAGUAUAUUGAUAUUAUUAUACUGUACUAUAAUAAUAUUUAUAAUUGUAUUAUUUAUACUGUCUGAACGAACCACGCGUAUUAUCCAAACGUGUACAGAAAAAAAGAUACGGUGAAUCGUAGCGAGGAAAAUUUUACGGGUGAUACAAUUGUACAGGUAUAAUGUCUUAUAUAUAUCGAGUCCGGAAGACUCGAAUGAUUUUUCUCGUAUGUUUUUUUUUCUAUAUAUAUCCUUGUUUAUAUUGAUUAAUAAUUAUUAAGGCUUCGCGCAGGAGCUUGAACACUGCGUAAACGAUCCUUAAAAUAUCUCACAGAUAGACAUCAUUGUAAACGAUCAUCAUGUACCUUGAAAGUAUAGGACUUUGUUAUGUUAACGUAAUGAAACAUCUGUAAUAAAAUGCGUGAAAAAAA